AUGACGACAGCAGGGUCCGGACCUGCUGAGUCCGGGGGUUUCCAGCUACCAUGGACGGCGAUUCCAAGGUUCAGUCCAGGUGUUACAGAUGUUACAGAGUACAGUGGCAAGCUACAGCUUCUGGCGGCGAUGUGGCCGCAAGAACACCUUCAUCUACUAGCUCCGAGGGCGGCGUUAUUGUGUAAAGGGACAGCUUUCAAGAAAGUGUCGAAAAUCCCAGCAGACAAACUUAAAUCCUCCGAUGAAUCCGGGGUCAAGCUCUUGGUUGCAACAUUGGGUGGAUCAUGGGGAAAGACUGCUUUGGAAGAAAAGUAUGAUACUUUCGAGAAAGCCAUCUAUAGCACGUCACAGAAGGCCGACGAGACGAAUGACAGUUAUUUGGCUAGGCAUGAUGUCCAUUUCGAGGAAUUGUUGGCACAGGGCAGCACCACGGAAGAAGUUCGGGCGUAUGUUCUCCUUCGGCAAUCUCAGCUUUCAGCAGAGGAUCGAAAGAAGAUCGUAGUUGAGAUGGGUGGCAAGCUCGAGUAUUCCAAGGUGGUUUCUGCCAUUCGCCUUCUAGGCUCACGAUUCUUUUCGGAAUUUCAGGGGCAUCGGACUGCCCGAACCAAGACUUAUGAUGCCAAUGUGACAGAAGAGGACCCAUCCGAGGAGCCAGAGCCCGCCUUUCAGGCUUCCGUACAAGGACUCUUCGAGGAAGCCGAGCACGAGCUGGACUCCGAGUUCGUGGACGCCAUGAUCGCGGCGGAGGACCCGGACGCUUUGACCGUGCAGGGAUUCGAAGAGGAAUUGGCGACAACCACAGUGGCGGAAGUGAUCGAGGAGGAUUCUUAUGCAACUGCAGCCGGGCAGCUAGAUGCCGAUGAGGUUCUUCUCCAAGCCGAUGCGAAGUGGGGCAACCUCCUUGACUGCUUUAUCAACCAGUUGAGCGAGGCAGUCAGGGAUCGAGUGAGAAUGGUUAAGAGUUCGGUUUUGUGGUUGAGUAUCGAGGUGGUUCCGGGAAGUACUCCUUUGCUCUUUAGCAAGAAGGAAGUGCAAACAGCAGCCGUGAUCGACAGUGAUCGUGCUCCAGCCUCGGUGCCCGACUCCACCUUGUCACCGAAGCCUCAACAUGUCUCCCAAGCAAGCUCCCGUGACCUCGGAAGCCAGCGCGGUGAGCGCGGUGCUCAACACGUCCUCGUUGAGUCUCGGAGCCCGCUUCAGCCGCCAGCUGGACCCCUCAGCAGUCUUCACUGCGGAGGAAGUGCAGACGAUGCCACUGGAAAAGCUCGGGGGACCAAGAUCCUCUUCGGGAAGGCAAUGAAGGGCCGCACGUUUGCGGAUGCAUACGAGAACGAGCCUGCUUGGGUGCGCUGGAUGUUGGACCACAUGGCCACCAGCACCAAGAUGGAGCAUGUGGCUUUCAUCACCUAUGUGCGUCGCCAGGCGGAAGAGGCAGAAGCGGUCGAGGCCGCUUUGCUGAGCUCCGACGGAGCGUCUCACGCUCGAGGUGCCACUCCCAAGGCAACUCCAAAGAGCAUCCACAAGCCGCCUCACGAGGCCCACGUCUGGGAAACAACCUGGGACGUCGUUUCGGAUCCCGAGCCUUCCGCAGUCGCUCUCCAGGAGCAGACCGCAAUCCAGGAGCAAGUGACGAUGCUCGGAGAGCGGCUGUCCCAGAUGGAAGCAUCAUUAUCCCAGAUAAAGAACUUCUUGAAAACCGUUCCCUGGGAAAUCCUUGCACCCACCAGCUCCUCCGAUCGCAGCUGUGUCGCGGAUGCUGAGGGGACAGCCAAAUGCAACACCAAAGAUCCUGCGUAUGUGAUGUUCGGGAUGUUUGUACAUGGUGGCAUCGCCGGAGUGACCAAUGACCGUUACAACUCUAGAGAGCUUCCCAAUCUGGUUGUUCCCCUGGAGUAUCCUGCGUCUGGGGGUUCGCUGCAAUCUCUGAAGCCGGGGCUGCAGGUUGCUGAGCAGACCGCCUGGGAUGUCUUCCAAGAUUCACAACUAGCCUACCAGCGCCCCGUCGGGGAUCAACUAGAUGUUUUAGAGGUGUAUGCUGCCGCGGAUAGUCGACUGACUCCAUCUGUUCAAGCCAUUGGUGGGAAAGCUCGCUGGUUUACCAUCGCUGACGGGGAUCUUAGGACCAUAGAGGGCCAACGGUUGCUUUGGGAUGUACUUCAGGAGACCCAACCCAAACACAUUUGGAUGAGUCCCGACAGUCGUGCUUGGUGCUCGUGGAGCAAUCUCAAUGCCGCUCGUGGGGCCCCGACGGCCUCCAAGGUGCACCAGAGGCGCCAGGAGGAUACUGUGCAUCUACAGCUGCGUGCGCAGAUUUUCCAAUGGCAAGUUGCGCGUGGACGACACUUUCAUCUGGAGCAGCCCAUCCACUCUAAGAUGCUAGAUAGUAGAAUAAAUCCGGUCGAUUAUCUAGUUACGGUUCUCGCGGGUAAAGCGCAAGGCUUAGGUCAGGACGGUGCCUUAGACCCGAAUGCCGCUGUCUCGUCUCUGCCAAAUGCGUCGGGCGCCAAACCCGAUAUCGAGGGCUGGGCACCGCCGCCCACGCCUCUGCACGGGCCGGCCUUUCGUAACCUAGAUAAGGAAUCGAAGCACCUGCUAAUUCGGGUUCAUAAGAGCUUAGGUCACCCUGCGCCCACCGUGUUGUCUAGGCAUCUGCAGGCUGCCGGUUACGACAAAGCCCUUGUAGAUGGUGCCCUGGAAUACCAAUGCGACACGUGUCUUGAGUCUACAGAGCCCCGUCAUCAGCGUCCUGGAAAGCUCCCAGAACCUAGGGAAUUCAAUGACUUAGUGGGAGUCGAUGGGUUCUACUUUAAAGGACAGUCCGGGUACAGAGCAUAUGUGAUCCAUGCACUAGAUGAAACGAGUUGCUUUCAUCUAGGUCGUAGGACCCAAACCCGAUUUGCCCUCGAAGCCAUGCAUACCCUAAGUGAGUGUUGGUUUGCUUGGGCCGGCAAUCCCCGUCAAGUAUAUCUUGAUCCUGCGGGAGAAUUUAGGUCUGAUCAGGUUCUAGAACGGUUCCAAGCGACCAACAUUAAAACCUUUGUGACCGCUGCAGCCUGGCAGCAACGGGGUCGAAUCGAGCGUCACGGUGACAUUGCCAAAGAUAUGUUAGCUCGGUUAGACAAAGAAAGUCCUCUUGUGAAUGAUGCCGAUUUCGAUCGGGCCUUGAUCCAAGUCUUCCAGGCCAAGAAUGCUUUAGUGCGCCACCGUGGAUAUUCGCCCGAACAAAUCGUGCUAGGUAAAUCCGUACAAGUACCCGGGAGUGUGACCUCUGAUGAAAACCUAGCGGCCCAUACCCUGGCAGUAGGUAGUGACCUAGAAGCUGAAGCCCACCGUCAAAGACUCGAGUUAAGAUGUGCCGCGCGAAAGGCAUUCUUCGAAGCUGACAAUUCACAAGCCAUCCGCCGAGCAGUCCUUCGCCGGAGUACCCCCGCACGAGGUCCCUACUUAGCUGGGUCUUGGGUUCUUUACUGGACAAAGAAAAGUUCCCCUAAUAGGUUAGCUGCUGGGAGAUGGCACGGACCGGCGAAGGUGAUUUGUCAGGAGGGCCAGUCGGUGGUGUGGGUGGCACACGGCACCACGAUUUUGAGAUGCGCCCCCGAGAACCUCCGUCCAGCUUCGCUUCGAGAGUGGCAGCAGUUGUCAUCCGGAAAUGAAGAGGCAAUCUCACAACGUACUGGCGGCGCCAGUGCUUAUCUGGAUCUCACCGGAAGUCCUCCGGAGACAACUGCUGAUAGCAAUCUUGAGCAACGGCUGACGAGUGUGGACUUUCCCACACCCACCAAUCCAUCCUUGCAGAGUUUUUCGGCUGCCCGAGAGCCCAACUCCCAGGAAGAUGAGAUUGCUCAGCCUGAACAAGAGUUGACUCCCCAAGUAAGUGUUCAAGGCCCUGAGAGUUCUGAAAUCUCGAGAGCGCCUGAAGUUGAGUGCGAUUCCGCAGCUCCUUCCAUUAGUUUCAAUGGUCAGGAAACCCCGACAGCUUCCGAGGUUCCCGCACCUUCCAGCGUAGAUGCCUCCCCAGAAUCUGACGAGGGUUUGCAUGCUGAAUCCAUCCUUCUUGCAUCCGAAGCCCUCAUGGGGCAAAGUGCGGAAGAGUCGGAGCUUCUGACCUUCACAUCCCUCGCGACGCAUGAGUCUGCCGAAGGACCACCGCUUGCAGAAGAUAAUCUUCCUUUCGUCGAAGACCCACUAGAAUGCGCCGAUCAUCAAGCCUUUAGCCUGGAAAUCCCGAUUAAACCCCGAGACCUUAAGAAGUGGUCCCAAGAGUCGUCUCCCGAACAACUCACGACUUUAGCUGCGGUGGGAAAGCGAGCUCGUGCCGAUGUCCGUGUAAAGGAUCUGAGUCGCGAGGAGAUGGCUCUGUUCGAUGAAGCCAAGCAGAAGGAGCUCCAGUGUUGGAUACAAACUUCUACCAUCAAGGCCAUCUUGCGUAGGAAACUUAAUCCUGCCCAAAUCCUUAAGUCCCGAUGGAUCCUAACUUGGAAGGCUCCCGAGCCUGGCGAAGAUCGCAAACGAGCCAAAGCCCGUCUGGUUGUUCUAGGCUUCCAGGACCCCAAACUAGUUGAAGUGAUGCGAGACGCUCCCACAUUGUCUCGUGAGGGACGUGCUAUUGUCUUACAAACCAUAGCAUCCUGCCGAUUCCACCUUAGCUCCUUCGACAUCAAGACCGCCUUCCUCCGUGGAAAGGCGGACGAGGGGAACCCGUUAGCAAUGGAGCCACCGCCUGAUCUCCGAAAACUGCUCAAGCUCCGGGAAGACGAGGUAUGCCAACUUGUGGGUAAUGCGUAUGGUCGGGUUGACGCCCCUCUCCUGUUCUAUAAGGAGUUAAGUAAGCAGCUACGGUUGUUAGGCUUUGAGCCCCACCCACUUGAGCCAUGCGUCUUUCUUCUGAAAACGAGCAAUAAGCUUCGGGGAAUUCUCGGGGUGCACGUGGAUGAUGGAGUGUGUGGUCGUGAUGAGUACUUUCGACAAAAGGUUGAAGAGCUGCAGAAGGUGCUGCCUUUCGGAUCUCGAAAACAUAAGAGCUUCAUUUUCACGGGCAUUCAGCUAGAGCAAUUCCCCGACUUUUCAAUCAAGGCGUCCCAAUCCGAGUAUGUUCACCGGAUCCCGUCCAUUGAUGUUGGGAGACCUAGACGACAGAACCUAGAUGCCCCCGUCAAUGAGGAUGAGCGAACCAAGUUAAGAGGCCUGAUCGGUAGUCUCCAAUAUGCCAUCACCCAUACUAGGCCCGAUGUAGCGGCGCGCUUAGGUGAAGUCCAGUGUCAAACGACAACUGCCACCGUGCAAACCCUUCUCCUAGCCAACAAAGUACUUCGUGAGGCACAGGAGUAUCAUCAAGUGAGUAUCAUCUUUCAAGCCAUUCCGGUGGACAAACCGACUUUCGUGGCAUUUGGAGAUGCGUCUUUUGCAUCUUCCAAAAACUUGAACUCCCACCAGGGUGUCUUGAUCUGCACCACCGUUUCCCCACUUACCUGGUCGGCCAAAAAGAUUCCCCGAGUAGUACGCUCAACGCUGUCAGCAGAAGCAUACGCCAUGUCAAAGGCGGUGGAUCUGUUGGGAUGGGUCCGCGCCCUUUGGGGUGUGAUCCAUAUUCCCGAUUUUAAGUGGCAACAGCCUGAGCUAGGGUUUAAGCACCUACGAACGGCUGUCAUAGUCACAGACUGUAAGAGCCUUUAUGAUUUAGUUACCCGACUUGCAAUGCCGGCCUGCGAAGAGUAUCGUACCACCCUUGAAGUACUACUCAUAAAACAACGAUGUCAAGAGAAUGCGUGCUUCCGCUGGGUCCCCACGACCCUUCAAGCGGCCGACUGCCUUACCAAGGCAAUGGAUUCCAAUCUCUUACGAGCCGUCCUUGCUAGAGGCCAGUUCAAGCUGUAUGAUCCCUCUCAAACACUUGAAAAAGAUGCACAGCGUAAAAAGGCCAUUGAGUGGCUGCAAUCACCUCCUACUUCCUGA